GGCGGGCGUUGCGGAGGAAGGGGAGGGCGGCCGGCGGGCCCCGGCCUCACAUGACUGCAGCCGCGAUGGACGGCGAGGCGCCCGCAGGCACGGCGGGUACCGGCACAGGACUGAUGUAAGAUAUUGGGAUAUUGAACAGCAGCCUUUGUGGAAAAAAAAAUGUCCUACUGUAUCAAAGAGCGAGCUUGUUCAGAUUUGGCAAAGCCUCCCGUAAGUGAACCAAGGGAACCGGAACAGUUUCUAAUGCAGGCACCCCAGGGAAAUCCACUGCUGCUUUCCCACACCCUCCAAGAGCUAUUGAGCAAGGAUAGUGUGCAGGUGGAGCUUAUACCUGAGAAGAAGGGCCUUUUUCUGAAACAUGUGGAAUAUGAGGUUUCCAGCAAGAGAUUCAAAUGCUCAGUCUACAGACGCUAUAAUGACUUUGUGGUGUUCCAUGAGAUGUUACUUCAGAAGUUUCCAUAUCGUAUGGUGCCAGCACUUCCACCAAAGAGAAUGCUGGGAGCUGAUAGAGAAUUCAUAGAAUCGAGGAGGAGAGCACUGAAGCGUUUUAUCAACCUGGUGGCUCGGCAUCCCCCUUUCUCAGAAGAUGUGCUCUUGAAACUCUUCCUGUCCUUCAGUGGCUCAGAUGUACAGAAUAAGCUAAGAGAGCUGGUCCAGGGUGUAGGAGAUGAAUUUAUGACCUGCAGAUUAGCUACACAGGCUAAGGACUUCCUUCCAGCUGACAUCCAGGCCCAGUUUGCUGCCAGCAGGGAGCUCAUCAGGAAUAUUUAUAACAGCUUUUAUAAGCUUCGGGACCGUGCAGAGAGGAUAGCUUCUCGAGCCAUUGAUAAUGCCUCAGAUCUUCUCAUAUUUGGCAAGGAGCUAAGUGCUUUGGGCUCAGACACUACACCGCUUCCUUCCUGGGCUGCUUUGAAUAAUAGCACAUGGGGGACUCUGAAACAAGCCUUGAAGGGUUUGUCUGUUGAAUUUGCACUUUUGGCAGACAAGGCUGUGCAGCAGGGUAAACAGGAAGAGAAUGAUGUGGUGGAGAAGCUGAACCUUUUCCUGGAUUUACUCCAGUCCUAUAAAGACCUGUGUGAAAGGCAUGAGAAGGGGGUAUUGCACAAGCACCAGCGAGCAUUGCAUAAGUACAGCAUGAUGAAAAAGCAGAUGAUGAGUGCCACUGUGCAGAACAAAGAACCAGAAUCAGUGGAGCAAUUGGAGUCUCGGAUUGUCGAGCAAGAAAAUGCUAUCCUAACCAUGGAGCUGCGGAAUUACUUCUCUCUGUAUUGCCUGCAUCAGGAGACACAGCUUAUCCACAUCUAUCUGCCUCUCACAUCUCACAUUUUGGGGGCCUUUGUCAACUCCCAGAUCCAGGGUCACAAAGAGAUGAGUAAAGUUUGGAAUGAAUUGAAGCCGAAGUUGAGCUGCCUCUUCAUAGGAUCCAGCAAUAUGCCAACUCCACCAUUGUCACCUCCAGAGGGAAACUUCUUCUCCAAUUAAUGCUCUGAGCAUUGAGCAUGGAGCAAGGAGUGUGAUCAAGGAAGGGGUGGGACUUCUACCUCCAGAUGUUAGAAUCAAUCCUCCAACAUUUUUUUUUUUUUUGCUUUGAGCUGUUCUCUGAUUUCGACAGACUGGAUGUGGGGCAGAACAUCCAGAUACAAAGACAGUCUUAAUUUUUAAAUGCUCUGGGGCAGAGCUGGUGUUCAUUAUCCUGCAGACACUCUUGAUGGGGUCAGGGUGUGACCUGGUGCAGUGAGUGCUGCAGUGUUGUUGCUGAUGCCUCUGCAUCUUAUACUAGCAGUCCUCUGGCAAUGUUUACCUGCACAUAUGCUGUCAGAUCUCUGUACAUCCCUAAGUGCUGAGAUGAACAGGUUGUCUGCAGCACUUGCUUGCAGAUGGAUUGCCUUCUAAGCUUGUGUUAGAGGCAUCAGGAAAGCUGGAAGCCAUUCCCCAUCCCAUUGACGGGUGUCUGGAUUUGAUUUCUUACUGCCAGACCUUAGUGCAAAAUACAUGAAUGAAGUGGUUGGAUUCACUCAGCCAGCUGGGGAGGGGUGACUAUCCCAGUGAGGCUGGGCAGGAUGGAUUGUCAGUGUGUUUCAGUUCAUGGUUGCAGGGCAGCCGAGGAACUUGCUUGUAUUUUUCAGUUUGGGUUCAAGGAUGACUGAAUCCAGGAACUCAAAGGAGUUUGCCUGGCACAAAUGAGAAAAUAAUUGAAUAAAACACUCCUUAAUUGUAAACCAGAAUGAGCAGAAGAGCUACAAGGUAGCUUGUUUAUUUUUCUUCUGGAGGUUCUGACAUCCAUCUGAGUAGAUGUUUAGGACAACUGGAGAGCUGCUGACCUGAAGGCUGGUGUGUUCCUUGGUCUAAUACCAGAUGAAGUAUCCUCUUACACCAGCAGGCUGGGACAAAAUGCUGAUAAAGUUGAUUAGCAAAAAAAAAAUCAGUGUUUGUUCAGGAUGUUACUGUCAUUCCUUUUUCUAGCUCUGGGUAGCACUGGAGUGUGUUUGUGAAGGAGAGAAAACAAUUAAGUGACAGUUCAUUGUCUCUCUAAAAAUAGCACUGUCCUUAGUAAUGGGGUUUUCAGAAUGAUUUGUGAUUGUGAUAAAGGGACUAAACAUUCUCUAGGUCUCACUUUGUAUCUCCAGUGGCUUUCCCUCGUGAGGCAGAGGGUAGGGGGAUGAGAAGGUGCACGUCAUGCUGCCUUAGGGGAAACUGUGCAUAUCCUCCAGAGAAACUGAUAACUAAAGAAACUGCAAACGUAUGCAGCAAAACUUAAAGUGAAGAUGACCCCCUGAACCUAACUUCUCUGGGGCCAAAGUAGCUGCCAAAGGGGAAUUUGAGACUUGGCUUCUAGCGUUUUCUUUGAGUGGGUAAAAAGGAAGCACAUGAAGAAGGAUGAGUGCUUGCUGUCAAACAGACCGUUACAGUAUUGUCUCACUGGGGAACUUCCCCAUUAGCAGGGAAUAUAUUUAAAUCCUCCAAUUACAAAAACUUUCUUCUUUUUUCAAUUUAGAAAAUUCAAUGCAACACAACUCUUCCUAAUCCAGGUGGAAAUUAUGGGUUAAUUUCUUCAGAUGGGAGCAAGAUAAGUUAUUUGCCCACUUUCAUGAGACUGGCAUAACCAUUCCAUGCACCACUCAAAAUGUGGUGAAGUGCACUUAGUGUGGGUGGAUUUCUUGGGUCUUAGGCUUUCAGGGUUGUGUGAGGAGUCUUUUUAACAAGUUUGGUCAGAAUGAAUUAAGAGCUUUUUAUAGAAGUUCAAAUGUUAACUCUUUUCUGGGGCUCCUGUGCAUUGGCCAUGUUCAAUGAGACAAAUGAAGCACACAUGGCUGUGACAGCUUUAGAUCUCUCUCCUGAAGGUUUCCAAAGUGAUGCAGAAGAGAUUCUGUUCACAAGCCAGAGUAAACUGGUUUGGGGAGGGAAAUGUUUCUCCUGUAAAACAACGAAGAAGAUACUAUCUCAAAAAUGGCACAGAAGGUUUUCCUGUUUGACCUUGUCUUAAUUAGGACGAUAGUUUGUGGUUAAAGUGUGGAAAGUGUGUUGCCAUAUUUUGAAAUGCUCUUCACCCCUAGCCCCUAGUAGGUUCUGGCUGGUUAUGGCCUGUCAUUUACUUAGGAUACAUGCUGCCUCUUUUAGCCUUGUUUGCCUGAUGUGGUAAACAAUUAAUUAGAGAAAAUAUUGUGUGUUUUGGGGCAAGAUCUGGUAUCUAUAUGAUGGAUCAUCUAUGUAACUUGUCUUGCUGGGUAGGUGACUGGGCUGUGCUCUGUAGUAAUUGCAAAGGAUGAGCCUGAACGGAACUUUGAACUUCUUGUAUUUAGAAAAAAGUUACAAUUUUGCACUUGAUUUAAAAACAAACAAAAAAAGCAAACAACCAAACAUCAAAACCACAUUUGGGCUUUAGACUAACUCCUCUUUACUGCUUUCCUUCAAAGCAAGAAUUCUACAGUCCAAAUGCAGAGACUGUGACAAUGAUAAACACAGACCACAUGACUGAUAAAGAAACUGGAAUUACAUUGUUUUGAGAAAACACCCAUUCCUCCGUUGUCAGCCCUUGUCUCUUUGGGAAGGGCGGUUUUGGGGGGUGUUGUUUUGAUUUAACUCUGCUCACCUAGUAUUUUGGGAGCAGAGGCCUAGUAUUCUCAAAGCUGAUACAGCUAAGGGCACUUUCAGAGUUUAUUUCAUACUGGACUGUCAAACUUCUGUCUCAUUCUUGAACAGGUGCACAUACUAUUUCAAACAACCCUUAGUUUGCAAACCUUAUUUCUUGGGAGACUGGUCAGUAUGCAAAUAGCACUAUUAUUUUUACCUCAGUAUGUGAGGGAUUUCCUUACUGUAUUUGUCCUGUUUAGUUUAGGGAUCUAUCAGACUUGCAGAGCAGCAUUAUGUUACAGCUUCCUUCUUCUAGAGGAAUGCAGCAGGGAAUCAAUCACCCCCUGAUCAGUGUAGGGAAAACCAUUCUAGUUACCUCUGUGCUAUUGCCUUCUGUAGCAAACAACCCAGCUAAACUUGAGGGUGAGAAUAAGACUUCAUGAAGCUGGUUCCAUUGCUGGUAGCUGGGUAGAUCAUGAAAAACAAAGCAAACCAGAAGACUAAUUGGAGAACAUGUGCUCCCUGCUCCUGUAAGAGGCAGCACCAAAAAGUUAAUGUGCCUUCUUGAAUGGAAGCUUUCUGUCUAUAGCUUGAGCUCAUGGGGACUUUCAUGUGCUCAGAAAAGGCCCCCAUUCUUUCUGCCAGUGUCUCUCUCAAAAUCUGUUGUGAAGGUACCAAGAUAGAAAAUGGCUGAGAACCUGAAACUUUGCCUGAAAAAUAUUUUAUCAAAAGGGCUAUGUGUUUUGGUCACUCCUGAGGUCUCUUUUGCUUCAGGCUGUGGAGUGGAAAUAUACAGGCUUUUUGACUGAUAUCCUGUGUUGAAAGGCUUUCCAAACCAGAUUUACAAUACAGCCUUAACCUGUUAUCCUUCUUUCCUUCUCUUUCCAUUUCUUUGCAAGUUGUUCUUCCUAAGUUAUAACGUGUUGUCAGUGGUGCCUUGCUGCAUUCCCAUACUUUUACUUUUCUGUUUUGUUCAUGCAAGGGUAUAAUUCUUGGAAUCUGUAGCAGGCUCAUUCACAGCCUUCAAUUUGUGCCAUUUCCUAAAAGACAAAGAUCACCAGCUGGGGACAGACUUACUUCAAAUGUUGGGUCCCCAAAACUGCAGCAGGUGCAACAAAGUCACUGCUCUUUGACACGAGCUAAAAGUCAGUGCUAGUGAAAGCAUCUCAUAAAAGGACUGGACUGCAGAAUAGGGGAUAGCAAACAGAAGUGCAGGCCUGAGCCAUGCUUAUUCUCUUCCAGCCUAAACUCCUGGAGGAGCAGAAAGUACUUUGAUCUCUCACAGUGCAAUUUACAGUUUCCACCAGGAAAUAAAUCAAGGCAACUUGACAGGUAUCGACUGCCCAUCACUCCCUUUCCAGCCAGAGUAAGGCCUUGCAUCCUGUUAGGAGCUACCUAUCCCUGUGCUUAUUUUCUCUCCUCUACUUGCUUCAAGCUGUCCUAUUAGAACAGCCAGAAACUCUUACUAUGUCAGAAACAGAGGUGUCAAAAAUUCUGUAACUCGGUGUGUAGCACAAAAGGAAGAGGAGGAGUCUAAGGUGUUGACUCAUUUCCUCUAAGACUGAGCUGUGGCUUACUGAGCAUAUGAAGAAGGCCAUUUUUGAGUGGUAUAAAUUAUUCAGAACUGUUGAAGGAGAGGCAAGAAACAGUCUUGUUCAGAGGGUGUGAAUUUUGGCUGUCUGGAAUAUCUUGUAUCUUUGCUUUGCUCAAAUAGCCUUAUGUAUGAAGCACUUUAUCCAAAUGCGGGAAUUAAAGAAUUAUUACUACAGCAG